UGUUGAAUCAUUUCAGAGAAGACAGCGAUCUUGAUCCAUGGCUGUCUCUAGCUGCCCUAGGGUUUCCGCCGCCUUCGAGUGCCGUUCAGAACCAGACUUCUCCGGCGGACCUCAUCGCCCGGAAGCUUUUGCCUCUGGCGGCCGAUUCUCCGGCAAGGCAAGCUCGGUGCCGAGUCACCGAAUUUUCGGUGCCUCAGCUCUGUCUUCUUUGAUCUUCCGAUUCCCUCCGAACUUUGUGCGCCAGCUCAGCACCAAGGCUCGGAGGAACUGCAGCAACAUCGGUGUCGCGCAGGUCGUUGCGGCUUCUUGGUCAGCUGACUCGGCCGCCGCCGCCGCCUCCGCCUCCGCCGCAGCCGCUGCGUCGGUGGAGGCGUCGGUGGAGGUUUCGGUGGUGGAGAGUAGUGGUAGUGAUGUACAGUAUGAGGAUUUGGCCGAUGAGAAGGCCUCAUUUUUGGGUUUUGAUGGGACCCUCACUAUUCAUGCUGGUGAAAGAUUAGGUCGCGGCAUAGUUACUGAUGGAAUUACUACCCCAGUGGUCAAUACUUCUGCUUACUUCUUCAAGAAAACUGCUGAGCUCAUUGAUUUCAAGGAGAAACGCCGGGCAAGUUUUGAAUAUGGGCGUUAUGGAAAUCCAACAACGGUGGUUCUGGAGGAGAAGAUAAGUGCGCUCGAGGGGGCUGAAUCAACCGUGAUAAUGGCAUCUGGAAUGUGUGCUAGUACAGUUAUGUUGCUGGCAUUGGUUCCACCUGGUGGGCAUAUGGUGACAACCACAGAUUGUUAUCGGAGGACAAGAAUUUUUAUUGAAACUUUUCUGCCUAAAUUGGGGGUUGAGGUCACUGUCAUCGACCCUGCUGAUAUGGAAGCUCUGAAAUCUGCACUGGAUAAGAACAAUGUUACACUUUUCUUCACCGAGUCUCCGACCAAUCCAUUUCUCAGAUGUGUUGACAUUGAGUUGGUUUCAGAGCUUUGCCACAGGAAGGGAGCACUAGUCUGCAUAGACAGUACAUUUGCAACACCUCUCAACCAGAAGACCCUUUCUCUUGGGGCUGAUCUCGUGCUGCAUUCUGCAACAAAAUAUAUUGCAGGACACAAUGAUGUAAUUGCAGGUUGCAUUAGUGGUUCUGAAAAGUUGGUUUCAACUAUUCGGAAUUUGCAUCAUGUUCUGGGUGGUGUUCUCAACCCGAAUGCCGCAUAUCUGAUCAUCCGAGGCAUGAAGACACUGCAUCUUCGUGUACAGCAACAAAAUUCAACAGCAUUGAGGAUGGCCGAGAUUUUAGAGGCCCAUCCUAAGGUGAAAUGCGUCUAUUAUCCAGGCUUGCCAAGUCACCCUGAACAUCAUAUUGCCAAGCGACAGAUGACUGGUUUUGGUGGAGUAGUCAGUUUUGAGGUUGAUGGAGACUUAACUACCACCAUCAAGUUUGUUGAUGCAUUGAAAAUCCCUUAUAUUGCCCCAUCCUUCGGAGGCUGUGAGAGCAUUGUUGAUCAGCCUGCGAUUAUGUCUUACUGGGAUCUUAACCAGUUGGAGAGAGCUAAGUAUGGUAUCCAGGACAACUUGGUUCGGUUCAGCUUUGGAGUUGAAGACUUUGAAGACUUGAAGGCUGACAUACUCCAGGCUCUGGAGAGCAUAUAGGGCGCGGCACCUACAAGUUCUGACACCUUCUGUUUUCCUUAUUUUUAGUGUUUUAAUAGCUGAAUGUUGUCUUCUUUCUUUAGUGGUUGGAUAAUCAUGAAACGAAUUGAUCCCAUUAAUAACUCAAUGCUCCUUCAGGACGAUGUUUUUCUUUGUUGUGGUAUUGAAGCUUCCUAUUCUUGAACUUGAACGAUGGAAAAGCCUGAAUGAAAGAAAUAAAGAGGGAAAAUGAAGGUUUGGUCGGUAGUAGUAUGUCUGAUCAUUCCAAAACCUUCUUCAAUCUGAA